AAGCAGAAUUUUUCUAACGUCAUCACCGGGGUUGUUUGUUUAUCUCCGUAUAGUUGUGUUGUACCGCACAUCGCCCUUCGUACAUCGCAGAUGAUAAUUUGUGGGAGAGGUCGGUCUGAGUCUGAGUGCCUGGGUUCAAGUGGCUCGUUUUCGUCUAGUCUGCAGUUUCUGGAGUUUUGCUUCCUGGGUAACGCUGCGCCGGUUGUUAUCAACCGGACAGAAUAACAACAACAACGAUUGUUUCAGUGGCAAUCAGCGUUUGUAGUAGGGACAAGGGUGCAAGCGGUGCGAUCGUCAUCAGUGUGCUUGUUUUAUUUCCGAGCACUGUUUGUGAUAAGAUAGGCAUUUCUCCGUGCCUGAGCAGAGCAACGAAUAUGGGCAAGAGCGUGUAAUGAGUCAAACGCUGAUACGUGUCGUCUGAUUAUUCAUUCUUGGAGGUUCUAAUCGUGCAACUCGUUGUCCAAUCUGCCACAAAGCCUAACGAUGUCUCUCAUCAUUUUGGUGACUGGUGGAGCGGGAUUUGUUGGCUCGCAUACUGUUUUGGAGCUGUUGAACGCUGGACAUCAAGUCGUAUGCGUAGAUAAUUUGUGCAAUGCGUUUGGAGCGGCGGAUUGUAAGUUACCAGAAUCAUUGAUACGGGUGCAGGAGCUGACGGGAAAAAACGUAACAUUCUAUGAUGUAGAUAUACGUGAUAAAGAUGGUCUGAAAGGAGUUUUCAAGAAGCACCAAAUCGAAUGUGUGGCACAUUUCGCCGCUCUCAAAGCAGUUGGCGAAUCAUGCCGGAUACCGCUGCAAUACUAUCAAAACAACAUCACUGGAACGAGUGUCCUACUGGAAGUAAUGGCCGAGUGCAAUGUAUUCAAAUUUGUUUACAGUUCCAGUGCCACAGUGUAUGGGGAGCCGCAGAAGCUUCCACUGGACGAGAAACACCCAACGGGCAAUUGCACCAACCCCUACGGCAAAAGUAAAUAUUUUACCGAGGAAAUAUUGAAGGAUCUCUGCGAGUCGGAUCCUCGCUGGUCGGUGAUAUCGCUGCGAUACUUCAAUCCGGUCGGUGCGCACAAGUCCGGACGUAUCGGUGAGGAUCCCAAUGGAGAACCCAACAAUUUGAUGCCAUACAUUUCGCAAGUGGCCGUUGGUCGGAGAGCUUGUCUCAAGGUGUUUGGAAACAAUUACGAUACUCCGGAUGGAACGGGUGUGCGUGACUACAUCCAUAUAGUUGAUCUGGCCGAGGGACAUGUGUGUGCUCUCGAUAAGCUGGCACGUGGGGAGUUGAAUGGAUUUGUGGUGUACAAUCUCGGCACUGGAUGCGGGUACUCGGUGUUGGACGUAGUGGAAGCAUUUUCCAAAGCCUCUGGGAAGGUGGUAAAAUACGAAAUCGUUGAUAGGCGUGCCGGCGAUGUAGCUACAAGUUAUGCGGACGUUACGCUUGCUGCGAAGGAACUGGGUUGGAAGGCCAAGCGUGGUCUGAAGGAGAUGUGUGAGGAUACCUGGAAAUGGCAGAAGCUCAACCCGAACGGAUUCGCCGGAGCAAAAUAAGGAUGAGCGGGUUUUUCGUGACUAUUCAGUAUGCUUUUAGUGAAAAUAACGGCUGCAUUUGAUGCUAGCUUUUCCCAAGGACAUGAUUGCCAUAGAUAAUCAUUUUACCUUGCAUUUACCUUAAAUAAAUUGAUUCUCCAACACCAAAUGAAGAAGUAGGUAGUGUGUUAUAUUUUGCACAAUACGUAAUGAAAAUAAAUUGAACACUCAUGCUUUAUACCUUUA